AUGGGAAUUCUGACAAGGGUUGAAUGGAGCGAAUGGGCAACACCCAUAGUCCCAGUGAUCAAAAAGAAAGCAGGAGAUGUGCGUAUUUGCGGGGAUUUUAAAGUGACCAUUAAUCCAGCGCUUCAUGCAGUACAGUAUCCCCUGCCACGCAUUGAAGACAUUUUUGCAUCCUUGUCUGGUGGAGAACACUUCUCAAAAAUUGACCUAGCCCAAGCUUACCUCCAAAUGGAGAUGGAUGAGAAAUCCAAGAAAUUCUUGACCAUCAACACACAUAAAGGGCUCUAUCAGUACAACCGUCUUGUUUUUGGAAUUGCCUCAGCCCCUGCUUUGUGGCAGAGAGCGAUGGACCAGGUGUUGCAGGGUAUCCCGGGUUACCUGGAUGAUAUCAUUGUAACGGGGACGGAUGAUUCAGAUCACCUCCAAAACUUGCAACGGGUGCUGAUGAGAUUGUGUGAGUAUGGACUAAGAGCCAACAAAGAAAAAUGUGAGUUCUUUAAGUCUCAGAUUUCUUACUGUGGUCAUGUGAUAGACAAAGAUGGUCUACACAAGUCACAAGACAAAAUCGAAGCUGUGCUAAAGGCGCCACACCCACAAAAUGUGUCUCAACUGCGAUCAUAUCUCGGACUUGUGAACUAUUACCACAAAUUUCUUCCAAACCUCUCCACUGUACUACAUCCUUUGAAUGCAUUGUUGCAAACAAAGACACAGUGGAAAUGGUCGGACAGCUGUGAACAAGCUUUCCAAGAGACCAAAAGGCUCAUAACUCCUGAUGUAGUGCUGACACACUUCAACCCAUCUAUGCCUAUCAGACUGGCGUGCGAUGCAUCACCAUAUGGAAUUGGCGCAGUGCUGUCACACAAGUUUCCAGAUGGCACUGAAAAACCAAUAGCCUUCGCAUCUAGAUCACUAACGACAGCAGAACGUAACUAUGCACAAAUAGACCGUGAAGCACUUAGUCUCGUGUGGGGUGUAAAAAAAUUCCACCAUUAUCUGUAUGGUCAAAGGUUUACCCUGAUCACAGAUCAUCAGCCCUUGGUCUCGAUCUUCAAUGUUCGGAAGGGUGUCUCAGCGAUGGCCUCAGCACGGCUGCAGCGUUGGUCACUCUUUUUGGGUGCUCACCAAUAUGAUAUCGAGUACAAAGGCACCAAACUACAUGGUAACGCGGAUGGCUUGUCACGUCUUCCACUAAAGUUGACAGAAGAGUCAAAGGCGAUGGAUCCAGCUGAUGUGUUUCAAACCUCAAUUGUGAGUCAGUUUCCUGUGACAAAUGCCACUAUUCAGAGAGAAACCCGCAAUGACCCAACAUUGUCUAAGGUCUAUGAUAUCACUGUACAUGGGUGGCCGACAAAAGGGAACUCCCUAUAUCCAGCAUUCGCAGCGAGGAGAGAACAGCUUUCUGUGUGUCAAGGAACUCUAAUGUGUGGGUUACGAGUCGUCAUUCCCUCCAAAUUGCGCAGUAAGAUGCUGGACACACUGCAUGAAGGACAUUUGGGCACUGUAAAAAUGAAAAACCUUGCCCGCAGUUACAUGUGGUGGCCGGGAAUCGACAAACAGAUUGAGGAUCUGGCAAAGGCUUGUCCAGGAUGUCAGAGGACCCAGAACUCUCCACCAUUAGCUCCCUUGCAUCCCUGGGAAUGGCCGUCAAAACCGUGGCAAAGAGUGCAUGUCGACUUUGCUGGACCAUUCAAGGACUCCAUGUUCUUGAUCGCCGUGGACGCGCAUUCUAAGUGGCCUGAAGUUGUUCUAAUGAAGACAACCACAUCCGAAAAGACUGUUUCUGUGCUAAGAACAAUAUUCUCCAGAAACGGGCUGCCAGAACAGAUAUGCACGGAUAAUGGACGACAGUUUGUCUCAGACGAGUUUCAGAAAUUCAUGAAGCUGAACGGAGUCAAGCACAUUACUUCCGCACCAUACCAUCCUGCCACUAAUGGCUUGGCAGAAAGGUUUGUACAAACCUUCAAGAAAGCAAUAAAAGCAAUGGAUAAUGACACUAUCUCGCUCCAACACAAAAUAGACAACUUCCUUUUCAUGUACAGAAAUGCCACCCACUCCACGACUGGUCAAACACCAGCGAUGAUGUUCCUGAAGAGGAAUUUAAGAUCUCGUUUGGAUCUCAUCCGAGAUGUAGAAAACAAACAAUUUGUGCACAUGAACAAUAGACAAACAAGAAACUUCCAAGUAGGACAAGAAGUCUUAGCACGUGACUACAGACUGGAAAAGUGGCAGCCAGGUACCAUCACCACCAGAACUGGACCCUUGAUGUACACAGUAAAGGUUGGAGACAACACAUGGAGAUGGCAUGCAGAUCAGAUGGUGGAUCGUCAGACAAAAUCCUCGCUGUUAUCUGUUCCUGAUUCACCUGACAAAGUCCCUGAUGUAAAUGACAAGGUCAAUGAUGCUGUUGAGACUGCCCCUAUUACCUCAGUUAACACGAACGAUUCUGAACCACACAACAAUAAUGAACCAGAUGGGACGAUUCCAGUUACACCUGAACAGCACCCAGGUUCACAGAGACGUUAUCCUGAGAGAUGUAGAAAACCUCCCCAAAGGCUUCAUUUGUAG